UUCCCAGUGCUUGCGCCGUCCACGUGCCUCGGAGGGAUCCGCUCGCGCUUCCUCGUGAGGCGGCCUGAAGCCGUUAAGGCGGGGGCCGCCGGACUUGUUCCUCACUUCGGCGUCUGUGAGGCGUCGAGGGUGCGUGUGGAGCCGCGGAUGCUCUGCUCUGGAAGGGGGGGAGGCCUGCGAGGCGCGGCGGCGUGACCGUGGAGAAGCGACCCGGAGGGGACGAAGGGGCCUCGCCUGGGUUAGUUCCUUUGAAUUCAGUGGGCCUUUAUAGGAUCAGUUUGAGGUUAAGACCUUUUGUGCUCCAAACAAAAAAAAAAGGUGCAAGUUAUUUGUGGGAGCUUCAAAGCCACAGGUCUCUUUCUUCAGCCACACGUUUGCAAAAACGAGGCUUAAGACUGUAAAUUUCUAAAUUCAGAUACUUGGUUAUACCAGAAGCCAUGUCUGGUCGAGCCAGAGCCAGAGCAAGGGGCAGAGCCCGUGCCCUGGAGACUGGUCCGCCUGCCGUGGGGGCAACUACUGUUACACCAGCUGGUCAUGGAGCUAUGAAACCCCCAAUACUUGAAGGAGAGCCGUCAGCAGGAGAGCCAGUGGGGCGUGGGCGUCAGAGAGGAGGGCCUGUGGCGCCAAGGCCAAAGGCUGCAGAACUCCAGAUUUCAGUGGGCAUUCAGGAAAUGACGCUGGGGGAGAGAGGCGGACGUCGCAGAGAUUACCACGACCUUGGGGUCAAUACUCGCCAUUUGAUGGAGCACGUGAAAGACUCCAAAACGGGUGUUUCGGGUUCUGUAAUACGAUUGACCACCAACCAUUUUCGGCUGACAUCACGCCCUCAGUGGGCCUUGUAUCAGUACCACAUAGACUACAGUCCACAAAUGGAAGCCCGCCGUCUUCGGUCAGCUCUCCUUUUUCAGCAUGAAGACCUCAUUGGGAAGACACACGCCUUUGAUGGGACCAUCCUAUUUUUGCCAAAGCGACUAGAACAAAAGGUCACUGAAGUUCUGAGCCAGAACCGUCAGGGACAGGUUGUGAAGAUUACAAUCACUUUAACUAACGAGCUACCACCUACUUCACCUACAUGCUUGCAGUUCUACAACAUUAUUUUUAGAAGACUGUUGAGAAUGUUGAGUUUGCAGCAAAUUGGGCGCAAUUACUACAACCCCAGUGACCCCAUCAGCAUUCCCAAACACAGGCUGAUGAUCUGGCCAGGGUUUACAACUUCCAUUCUGCAGUAUGAAACGAGCAUUAUGUUGUGUACAGACGUGAGCCACAAAGUGCUGAGAAGUGAAACUGUUCUGGACUUCAUGUACUCUAUGUACGAACAAAUAGGAGAAGAGAGAUUCAGAGAAACAUGUGCUAAAGAACUGAUUGGCCUGAUUAUUCUUACCAGGUAUAACAACAAAACCUACCGGGUUGAUGAAAUUGAUUGGGAAUCCAGCCCCAAAGACACCUUCAAGAAAGCAGAUGGCUCUGAGAUCAGCUUCGUGGAGUACUACAAAAUGCAAUAUAGCCAGGACAUCACUGAUUUGAAUCAGCCAGUGUUAAUUAGUCUGCCGAGAAAGAAGAGAGGCCCGAAAGGUGUCAUUCAAGGGCCGAUAGUCCUUAUUCCUGAACUCUGCUAUCUGACAGGGCUAACUGAUAAGAUGCGGAGUGAUUUCAAUGUCAUGAAAGAUCUGUCUGUUCACACAAGACUUCCGCCAGAACAAAGAGUGCGUGAAGUUGGGAGGCUUAUAGAGUACAUUAACAAAGAUGAUAACGUUCAGAAGGAACUUCGUGACUGGGGUUUAAGGUUUGAGCCCAAUUUGCUUUCCUUCUCGGGACGAGUUGUUCAAUCAGAAAGGAUCCAUCAAGGGGGGAAAACGUUUGACUACAACCCACAACUUGCCGACUGGUCUAGAGAAACCAGGGGGGCCAGUCUCAUUAGCGUGAAGCCGCUAAACAACUGGCUGUUGAUAUACACUCGUCGCAAUUAUGACGCUGCUAAUGCCCUGGUUCAAAAUCUAUUCAAGGUGACUCCCGCCAUGGGCAUACAAAUGAACAAAGCCAUAAUGGUUGAAACAGAAGACAGAACAGAAGGCUACUUGAAAACCCUAAAGCAAAAGAUUACCUCAGACACACAGAUGGUGGUUUGUCUCCUGUCCAGUAACCGUAAAGACAAGUACGACGCGAUCAAGAAAUUUUUGUGUGUCGAAUGCCCAAUUCCCAGCCAGUGUGUGUUGGCUCGCACCUUAAGCAAGCCCCAGACGGUGAUGGCCAUCGCCACCAAAAUCGCUCUGCAGAUGAACUGCAAGAUGGGCGGAGAGCUUUGGAGCGUGGAGAUACCCUUGAAAGGACUCAUGAUCGUGGGAAUUGACUGUUACCAUGACACUACUACUGGCCGGAAGUCCAUUGCAGGAUUUGUUGCCAGCAAAUAUCAAGGAAUGACACGUUGGUAUUCACGCUGUGUUCUCCAGGACGUGGGACAAGAACUUGUAGAUGGACUGAAAGUGUGCUUACAAGCUGCUUUAAGGACUUGGCAUACAAACAACCACCACUUGCCGAGUCGGAUAAUCGUCUACCGUGAUGGAGUUGGAGAUGGUCAGCUGAAAACUUUGGUUGACUUUGAAGUCCCUCAAUUCUUGGACUGCCUGAAAUCGGUUGGGAAAGAUUAUAACCCUAAGCUCACCGUGAUUGUGGUUAAAAAGCGUCUGAAUAACAGAUUCUUUGCUGACAUUGGUGGAAGACUCCAGAAUCCGCCCCCAGGCACAGUCAUUGAUACUGAGGUCACCCGUCCUGAGUGGUACGACUUCUUCAUUGUGAGCCAGUCUGUGAGAAAUGGCACUGUCUCGCCAACUCACUACAAUGUCAUCUAUGACAACAGUGGCCUGAAGCCCGACCACAUGCAGCGGUUGACCUACAAGCUCUGCCACAUGUACUACAACUGGCCAGGCGUGAUUAGAGUACCUGCUCCCUGCCAGUACGCCCAUAAACUGGCUUUCCUGGUGGGCCAGAGCAUUCAUCGGGAACCAAACCUGGCCCUCUCCGAGAAUCUGUAUUACCUGUGAUUCUAGGAGAAGAUGAUGGAGUGAAAAAUGAUGGGAAGAGCUCUUGUGCUGCCUGGAUUUUUCUGUAGAUAACUUUGGAACAAAUGCACCUGUGUUGGCUUUGUUGUGUUAAUGCCAUUUCGAGAAUUUGUUUUAUGUUGAGGGAUUUCUUAUUACCUGGUCGAGGUUAUCAACUAGAAAAUCUUUUUCUUUUUUCGGUUGGUAAAGGUAAACUAAAUUUUGGAACACUUUUGUGUUGGUCCUGCUGGAAAAUAAAGUUCUACAUUGCCCUCCUUUCAA